UUAACAAAAUUUGUUAUUGAUGGGACUAGGCCUACAACUACAAGAACCUUGGAUCGCAGUUUCCACCGUCGCUCAAAAGUCGUUUUCUCGUACACUUACAAGAUUUUGAAAAUGUCAUCUUCGCCAUUAACAACACAGGAGCAAGCAUGUAUUAGUAUGAAAUUUCUUAGUAAAAUGUCUUUGAGAUAUCAAGAAACUUGUGCUUGGUAUCGUAAAUGGGUGGUUGAAAACCCAGAUGUCGUUUCUCAAGUGGAGAAAACAUUUCGUGUGCUUUCAUACUGCAUAACAGGUUUUACAGAUAAUGGCCAAAUUCUUUCAGAGUUUGUUUAUGCACUCUCCAAUCUCUUAGUGUUCUUCAACGACAGCAUCUUACGACGAGCCAGCGCUAGUCUGUCACCCAAGAUAAGUCUUUCUCAAGAUAGAUUAAGACGAUGGCUUACGAUCCUAGACCAUGUUGAAGUGUUCUUUGAGCUGGCCUCGAAGCAAGUAUGGGGUGAAACAGGGAAGUGGAUCGUCAUAGCUGCCAUUCAACUCCUUAGAACAAUAUUCCGUCUAGUCCUGCUGUGUCGUCUCAAAUCAGGCAUCCAAUCUUCACCUCCCAUUCCAAAUCUGAACCGCAAGAACCUUCCCCCGGUCCAAAGAGAACCCUCGGCCGAUGCGGAAGUGGACGGAGACCUCACGAUGGCGCCGUUCCCUCUCGGACCUGACCAACCCCAAUCUCUGACCUUUGAAGGUCGGAGGUCAGGAAGAGUUGUCCGCUCCCUGCAUGCUACUCCUGAUAUAGGCCUUCGGACAUGGAAGUUACCACAGACUGAACAGCCUAGCAGAAUAGAGGAGGAUCUUGGAAUGACAGAGCUUGCAGGCAUCUCACUAAUGGGAGAAACUCUCUACAUCAGCAGACCUUUAAUUCACUUAUCAAGUCUCUUUGUUUGGGGAUGGUCAUCAUGGAAACCGUGGUUACUAUCAAUAGCAGCAGAUACUAUCAGCCUUAAAAUGAUGCAGAGAGAUGAGAAAUCCAAGUUAAAUUCCAAAGAGAAAUCCGAGCUUCACAAUCGAAAAAUGAUGCUACUAUUCUACCUCCUUAGAUCACCAUGCUACAACACAGUUACAAGGACGAGGCUUAAAAGUUUGUUGCAGUCUGUCGGUGGCACUGUGCCUGGAGCAAGGCUAUUAACAAAACCCAUUCUGGAGUACCUGCCUGUAUGGCAGAAGAUCUACUCUUACAACUGGGGCAACUAAGGUCCUUCUGCAUGGUCUGUGUGCUGUUCUCAGGCAGAAGGACUCAAGUGACACUUCCUGUCCAUGUCACAAAUACAGGGAAACCUGUCUAUAAAGACCACCCAAGGGAGACAAGAAAAGUGGUCAUUUUAGGCAGGUGAUCUUCAUGUACAGGUCCUUUAGUACAUGUUCCAAUGAGAAACCAUUUUCAAGGGAAACAAAACAUGUGGUCUUUGUAGUCAGGUGGUCUUUCUAUACAGGUGGUCGAUAAAGCAGGUUUGACUGUACCUGUAACUUGCUAAGUCUAAGUGCUUCGAAGUAAACAUCGAAGUAAGAUCUGGCGACAAUUUCUCUGGGCUUUAUUUUGUCAAAGAUAUAGGAUUAGCGUUAAGUGUUAAAGUAACCUGGUAACAUUGCCCCAGAUUCUGAAACAAAAUCCUGGAUUUAGCUCAUGCUGCAAUCAUAAUUACAAUAUAACAUGAUAUCACAGACACUGAUAACCCGUAGGUCCACGCAUCUUGAUUUAUUUUGUCAAUGAUACAGGGCUGAGGUUAUGGUUGCCAUUGGGUUCAGGGUAAGCUGACAGUUAAGGCUUGUUCAGAUAUGGCCCGGGAAUCCGCCACAUUAAAAAUAAAACAUGUAAAUGAACGUCAACUUCGUGCAACAAAAGACGUGCACGUAAUCACUGAGCUCCGUGCUCAACAAUUUUAACAUCAGUCAGAGUCUGUAAGCUUUCGAGUUUGAAUUUCUGUCGUGAGAAACUCGCACAAAUAAUUUUAGAUUAUUAAUUUUUCAUUUUCCUCUUAUAUCCAGUUCAUCUCAUUCCAUUUUGUCUACUUCCCUUUCAUUAACUAACCUUAUGGUUCAAAAUGUUUCACGAUUUAAAUUCAACAUACCGGUAAGUCAAAUCAAUUCUCUUCACCAAACUAUGCAAAAAAUGUUUUAUAUACCGGUACUCUUCCUAAGUAAAAUUUUCUAUUAAUCAGAACUAUUUCUUGCGGUCCCACCAGUAUACAAGUAAUACACAGCAGUCAGGGCAUUAGUAAGAAUUACCCACACAAGGUACCUUUGGAACAGUCUUAAUACGCCGGAGGUGAUAGCCAAGGGUGUUUGGACUGUUUUGAAGGUACUGAGUGCGCAUAAUUUGACUAAUGCCUGAACAAAAUGAUGUGUAUUAUUUGUUUUAUAAGAUAAUGUUUCAUUUGUUUCAUAAGAUGAUGUUUUAUAACAUGAUUUUACUAAUGACCGAUCAUUAGCAUUUGAUAAUGACCGGUCAUUAUCAAAAUGGUGUGUUGGGCAAAUUAAAUGCCUGGUCCCUUGUACGAUCUCAACCAAUCAUUUGAUUAGGAUCCACAUCAUCAUCUUAUAAACUGGACUACUGUAAUGUAGAGUUAACCACCUGUUUGCAUCUCUUCAUGCUACUGUACUUUUAGAAGCUACCUUGAUAGCUUCAGAUAUCAGUAAAGUUGCCUAUAAAUGCCUACCGGUACGCAGAAUUGCAAUAAUAGAGUGUUUUGAUUCUUCAUGCUCUUAUUAAAGUUUCAUAUAUCAUGUUUGCCAAAUAUCUUAUAUACUCAAAUAUUCUACUCAAAAUGUUCUUUUGUACAGUUUUAUGCAUAUUCGGGAAAGGUUUUACACGUCUAUUUUGAAUGAUGUUGCAUUUGUAUAUUGGUAGGGUAUGUAGAGGAUUAAUUACAGCUUACGAUGAGCUAUGAAUAAUGUCAUAGCGUGUUGAUAGAGACAGUUGUGACAAGCGCACGUGUAUGCACUCAAUUCAAUCAUGGAGCUCCAAAUAGUUUCCUCCCACAUACAACCUCUGCAGAGAAAACUAUUUCAGCGCUCCAUGAAUUGAACCUUGAGUGCAUACCCUCGAGUGUGUCACAACUAUCUCUCUCAGUACACUAUGAGUAAUGUUUCCAGAGCCCUCUUUUGUCAAGAUUUAUGUAGUUGCAAAUUAAAGCCAGGGCGUCUUGUAACCAGAAAUAAUCUACAUGAAACGUUCCCAAACUUCACAAGGUUUUCAGGUUUGUAAAAGUUUCUUGAUGAAAAAAAAAAUCACAAAUGAGGGAAUAAUUAUUACUUUUCAAUUCAUGAAAGUUUCUUGCAGCACUUUUUGUUUCU